AUGGACAGCUGGUUGGCACUUUCAGUCAGCUGCGUGGUCGUCACUGCGGUUGGAUCCUUUGCAAGCUCCCUCGGCGGCGAGCUGCUGUUCGACGACCUCAAGGCCAUCAAUGAAAACAACGAUGUUGUCCAUCACGCGCCCUUUGUCGAGAUUCUACGCCACGACUACUGGGGUACUUCCAUCCGCAGCUCGGGCUCCCAUGGCUCAUGGCGACCGCUGACAACGCUCACCUUUCGCUUCAAUCACGAGCUGCAUGAGCUCGAGCCUUUCGGCUACCACGCGGUGAAUGUAGCCCUUCACGGCCUAGUGAGUGUGCUCUUCCUGCUGCUGCUGCGACGGAUCCUGCUCCCCACGGAUCUUGCCGCGGCCACCUUUGGCGCUUCGCUGUUUGCGGCGAUUCCUGUGCAUUGCGAUGCGGUGGCAAGCACUGUCGGCCGAGCCGAAGUGCUCUCGGGGCUCUUCGUCUUCGCCGGGGUGCUCGUGCACUCGCUCGGAGAGGACUACACUUCACCGACUGCACAGCUGCUCCUUCUCUUCUCAACCGCCGCCGCCGGGGCCACUGCCACGAUGUGCAAGGAGCAAGGCGCGAUGAUGUUUGUGCUCUGCCUCGCUCUUGAGAUCCUGGUCGCCUCGCGUGCUCCAGUGACGACGGCACCUGGGCCGCGGCGUGCAGCGCGCCUCGGAUCAAUGGCGGGUGCCGCCUUUGCGGUGCUGUACCUGCGCCUCAAGGUGGCGGGCGGCGUGACGCCCGAGUUUGGCGUCGAGCAGAACCCGACGGCGCACCAUCCCGAGUUUGCCGUGCGCGCGAGGCGCCUUCCCGCGCCCCUUCCUAUCCAGCCCUGCCUGCGAACGACCUUUGCGUACCUCGCCGCGAGGCACACGCUGCUGCAAGUCCAGACCAGCGGCUUCUCGUGCGACACGACUGGCUCGUCCAUCCCGCUGUUGGUCUCAUCGACGGACCCACGGCAACUGCUCACCGCCGCCAUCGCACUGCCGAUCGGAGCGCUGGCUGCAGCGUCGACCAUUGGGGUGCUGCGGCGCUGGCUUCGUCCGCCCGCAAAGGCCAGUGACCCCCGCGAGGACGGGCUCGGCGGAGUGUGGUUCGCGCUGGUGCUGCUCAUCGCGCCCUUUCUGCCUGCGAGCAACUUACCCUUCCAUGUGGGCUUUGUGCUCGCAGAGCGCGUGCUCUAUACUCCCUCCGCCGGGGUGUGUGCGCUCGCCGCCCUCGGCCUCCACGCGGCGACUAGCUCCGUCGCUGCCGUCAAGAGCAAGAGUGGAGCGAGCGGCGGCGGCGGCGGCUUGGGCUUGGCGGGGAUGAGCACUCCCACUCUGAGGGCGAUGAGCGUGGGUGUAGUGGCGGUGUACGCCUCAGCGGCGGUGCGGCGCAACGGCGCGUGGGCGACGCACAAGACGCUCUUCCGCUCUGCGGUGGCCGCCUACCCCGAGAAUGUGGAGAUGCACCGCGCGCUUGCGGCGACGCUCACCAACUUCGCCGACAGCGACGCGGAGCGCGAGGAGGCGGUCGAGCUGUACGCGACGGCGAUGCGCAUUGACCGGCGCGACGGGCGCCCGACGCCGCCCCGCGUGAUUUUUAAUCUGGGCGUCGCUCAGAUGGGGCUUGGCCGGCUCGACGAGGCGGAGUCCUCCUACCGGCAGGCGGUGCGCUCCUCGCCCACGUCCAACCGGGCGUCGCGCGCCUCGGGCGAGGUGUCGACGGACGCCUUUGCGCGGUACAACCUGGGGCUCAUCCUGAUGCAGCGGGCCGAGGGGGCGUCAGCCGAGCCCGACCGAGCCGCGCCGCUCAACGAGGCCUUGGACCUCUUCGGGCAGGCCUAUCACAUCAUCGGCGGCAGAGCCGCCGCAGACCAGCACGCCGCCCUGCUGGGCCACGGGUGCGGCGAGCUCGCGCGCCUGCUGGGGCAGGCCGAAACUCGGGGCGAUGGCAUGUUCCUCAAGGCGUUGAUCAUCGCGCUGAUGGAGAAGCGGCGGUGUGAGGACUAG